AUGAGCAUGUUGUCUAAACGAUGGAAGUCCCUUUGGACAUUGGUGCCAAGACUUAUAUUUGAAGAUUACUCAGACGAGGACAAGGAUGCUGAAACUAAAGAGAGACACUGGAGAGAUUUGUCACAUUUUGUUUAUGGGACUUUGCUAUAUCAUAAGGCACCUGUUCUUGAAACAUUUCAUCUCAACGUUGCUUCAGAUCGUCUUGCUUUGGAGGUUGAUUUAUGGAUUAGAAUUGCCGUGGAGCGUUUCGUGCGUGAUCUGAAGAUAAGUUUUAACUAUGAUCAUGGCCUUAUUAGAUUGCCGAGUAGCUUCUUUAGAUGUGAAACACUUGAGACCUUGGAACUCCACAGGGUGGUUCUUUUGGAAGUUCCUUCUCGGUUUAGCUUUCGAUCCCUCAGGACAUUGCGCCUUCGAUCUGUGAAAUACUCAGAUGAGGAACUUUUUUGUAGGAUUAUUUCCUGUUGUCCUGUUCUCGAAGAUUUGGAUGUAGAAAGUUGUAACAAUGAUAAUGUAGCAACUUUCACUGUCAAUCUCCUGAGCAUUUUAGAUUACUGUGGUGAAGUUAGUAUUAUCGGUAAUAUGCCAGAGCUUGUCGAGGCCAAUCUUCAAACUUUGAGCCGCCAUGAGAAUGUUCUGAAAUCUCUUAACUCUAUCAGACGCCUUUCUCUAUGCUUAGAUGUUGAGGCGCAGUAUCCUACUGGUAGCGUUUUCUUUCAACUUAACCAUUGGAUGGCUGUGGAUCGUAAAGGUGGCUGGAUUCAACCGAGCUUUGUUCCCGAAUGUUUGUUGUUGAAUAUCAAAACCUUUGAAUGGAGAGACUAUGAAGGAAGAGAAGAAGAGAAACAAAUGGCUAUGUAUAUUCUGAAGAACGCAAGACGGUUAUUGACCGCAACUAUCGACCUUGACUCGGUCAAAUUGUCGCGCAGACUUAAGGUGAUUGAGGAAUUGGUAUUUGCAAGCAGAGGCUCAAGAGCAUGUAAGCUGACAGUAUGCUGA